UGAGUUAUCUCUCCACGGUUUCACAGCCAAGACCACGUUAUGGAGUCACUCUAGGUUUUGACUAGGAUUUCAAUACACGGUAAAGCCCCUUUUUUCCACGUGGGACGCUGGGUCGCGUGCUCACUGGCUGGCACGUACACAGGCGUGUAAACAGAAAAAAACAAAAACGCAAGUGUUGACACGCAGCCGGAGAGCGAGGCAGCGCGCGCUCUCUCCGCCUUCUCCUCUGCACGGGUUUUACCACAUAACGCGUUUCUGUUUAAAAUCGAUUUGAAACCAUUUACACUCAUUAUAAUCCACAUUGUUUUUUUGGUUUCUUCUUUCGGUUUAACGAAAGGCGUGUUCAUGUGAGUUGACCUCGUUAUUUUAUUUUAUUUAUUUAUUUAUUUAUUUUUUUGCUCAAUCGGUGCUUUUUUUAUUAUUCUACUUGAAUUUUUUUUAUUGACUUGAAAUUCCCGGAUAUCACGAAAUGGAGAGGAAAAAUCUUCCCGCGGACAGGAACGUCUUGUGUUUGUUUGAUGUGGACGGAACACUGACUCCACCGAGAGAGAAAAUCGACCCUCAGCUGGACGCAUUUUUUCAGUCUCUGCGUGCUAAAGUGAAGAUCGGAAUAGUGGGCGGAUCUGACUACUCCAAAAUCGCAGAGCAGCUCGGAGAAGGCGACGACGUUAUACACAAGUUUGACUACGUAUUUGCUGAAAACGGCACGGUGCAAUACAAAGAUGGCCAACUGCUGUCCAAACAGGCGAUACAGAACCAGCUUGGUGAAGAGUUGCUGCAGGAUCUGAUUAACUUCUGUCUCAGAUACAUGGGUCUGAUCAAACUCCCUAAGAAACGAGGCACCUUCAUUGAGUUCCGUAACGGCAUGCUGAACAUCUCGCCCAUCGGACGGAGCUGCACGCUGGAGGAGAGGAUCGAAUUCGCUGAAAUCGAUAAGAAAGAGAAGAUCAGGGAGAAGUUUGUAGCUGCACUGCAGAAGGAGUUCGCAGGAAAAGGACUCAGGUUCACCCGAGGAGGACUGAUCAGUUUCGACAUAUUCCCUGAAGGCUGGGAUAAGCGUUUGUGUCUGGAAGUCCUGGAACAGGAGGGACUCAACGCCAUCUACUUCUUUGGGAACGAGACUUCACUGGGAGGAAAUGAUUAUGAGAUCUUCGAGGAUCCUCGCACCAUCGGGUUCACCGUGUACUCACCACAGGAUACAGUGAGACUCUGCCAAGAACUGUUCUUUAACACACCACCCAAUGAAGCCUGAUACACACACACACACACACACCCUCCCUCACUCUGACAGUGUGUCACGCCCCCUCUGCUGUUCAGACUGGGUACUGCAGUGAGUGCAGGGCUGUGUGGUGUUUAACUGGACCACAGACUGAUGAUCUAGGUGAAAGCACCUCCAGGUACUACUGAUAACUCAUUACAGUCUAGACUGUUUAAUAACCGUGCAACGUGCCAAACGACACAAGAGUGCCCUAACCUUCAUCAUCAUCAUCUUCAGACUGAUCAAACCUCAUCACACUCUACAUUCUUCUCAGAUGUUGUGUUUUGGUAUUGCUUGUGCUGUGACCUCUUUUUCGCUGCUUGUAUUUUCUACUGCACCUUUACUCUUCACUAAAACACAGCCCAGAUCGCCCCCUGCUGGGAAAAUGAAGACUGUGCGGUCAGUGUGUUUGAGCCGGACGUCCACUACACGACUCUGAGAAACAGGCUGUUGUCUCUCGAGUGCUGUGAGUAACAGAUACAGCGUGUCUUUACACACGGUUCACAGGAACACUAAACUCACCUUCCUAGGUAAAGCUGACAUCCUGGACAUACUGAAGGUUCACUUUUUUCCUGACAGCGUACAGAAUUUAGCCUUUUCUAAUUUAACACACGGGUAAUCCGGCUCAAACACGUUACACACCUUCUGACCUGCCUUCUAAUGAUUUACAUGUCGGAUUUUUAAGACUGAGGAACAUUUAUUUAGUGUCAUAGGAUGACUGACCACAGAAACGUCGCCAACCAGCGACAGGACGUAUCGUUAGCUAUUCAUGUCCUGUGAUGAAGGCAUUGUAUUUGUUUCCCAAAGAACUGGAUAUCUGCCUGACUCAUGACUCCUUACAACAACUACUGUAAAGAAAAAGAAAGAAAAA